AUGCGCCUCUCCAAAGCCCUGCUGGACAUGGAGAUGGCAGAUUACAGCGCGGCGCUGGACCCGGCCUACACCACCCUGGAGUUUGAGAACAUGCAGGUGCUGGCCAUGGGCAACGACACGUCUCCAUCGGAAGCAGCCAACCUGAACACGUCCAGCAGCAUGGGGGUGAGUGCGCUGUGUGCCAUCUGCGGGGACCGCGCCACGGGGAAGCACUACGGGGCCUCCAGCUGCGAUGGCUGCAAAGGCUUCUUCAGGAGGAGCGUCCGCAAGAACCACAUGUACUCCUGCAGGUUUAACAGGCAGUGCGUGGUAGACAAAGACAAAAGAAACCAGUGCCGGUACUGCAGGCUUAAGAAGUGCUUCCGAGAAGGAAUGAAGAAGGAAGCUGUCCAGAAUGAACGGGACCGAAUCAGCACCCGGCGAUCAAGUUACGAAGACAGCAGCUUGCCCUCCAUCAAUGUCCUACUGCAGGCAGAAGUCCUGGCACAACAGAUAUCAUCCCAAAUUCCUGUGAUGAAUGGAGACGUCCGAGGGAAGAAGAUUGCCAACAUCUCAGACGUCUGUGAAUCCAUGAAGCAGCAGCUGCUGGUGCUGGUGGAGUGGGCCAAGUACAUCCCUGCCUUCUGCGAGCUGCCCCUGGAUGACCAGGUAGCCCUGCUGCGAGCACACGCAGGGGAACAUCUGCUGCUGGGAGCUGCCAAGAGGUCCAUGGUGUUCAAGGAUGUCUUGCUGCUAGGAAACGACCACAUCAUCCCACGGAACUGCCCUGAGCUGGUGGAGGUGAACCGUGUGGCCAUCCGCAUCCUGGACGAGCUGGUCCUCCCCUUCCAGGAGCUGCAGAUAGAUGACAAUGAAUACGCCUGCUUGAAAGCCAUCAUCUUCUUCGACCCAGAUGCCAAAGGGCUGAGCGACCCCUCCAAGAUCAAGCGGAUGCGGUACCAGGUGCAGGUCAGCCUGGAGGACUACAUCAACGACCGGCAGUACGACUCGCGGGGCCGCUUCGGGGAGCUGCUGCUGCUCCUGCCCGUCCUGCAGAGCAUCACCUGGCAGAUGAUCGAGCAGAUCCAGUUCGUCAAGCUCUUCGGCAUGGCUAAGAUUGACAACCUGCUGCAGGAGAUGCUGCUGGGAGGCUCAUCAAGUGAAACGACACACGCUCACCACCCCCUGCACCCUCACCUGAUCCAGGAGAACCUGGGAACAAAUGUCAUUGUGGCCAACACAAUGCCUCCUCAGAUGCACAACGGCCAGAUGUCUACUCCAGAAACUCCACAGCCAUCUCCACCCGCGGGCUCAGGACCAGAGCAAUACAAGCUGCUGCCCGGAGCCAUCGCAACCGUGGCAAAACAGCCCACCUCCAUCCCACAGCCUGCCAUCACCAAACAGGAGGUCAUCUAGCAGCCUGCAGGCACACUGGCCUCCUUUCGAAGGCCGUGGGGGAGAAAAGCCCAAAUGGACUCUGUCACUGUGAAAAGAGAAGCCAUCCAGAGGUCUUUGGAUGCCAACACAAGGACUUGCUUAUUGGACUAGUCCACCACCACCAAAAGCUGUCUUCCUGCAGCUACGGACAGCAUGUGCCACGGGCAGCCCCAAGUCCCAGAUCUAAGGUCGGAGCCUUACCAAAACGCUCAGCCCCUGUAAGAAGGGCCAGACUUCUGCCUCUCUCCGUGGGGAGGCUGCAGCGACUGGCUGGAGACAGUGCAGCUGGCUCUUCCCCCACUGCCCCCCCCAGCGCCGGCUGGGCGCACACCAGGCCCUGAACAAG